AGGCUUUUGUGAGUUGUUCAAGAUAAAAGCUUGCUAUCAAUGGAGAAAGAAUUGUGAGCAAAAUGGAUCCUCAAGCGUUUAUCAGGUUGUCAGUAGGGUCACUGGGAUUGAGAAAUCGUGGGACAGCUUUGAAUUCUACAAAAUCUGGGAUCCAUGCAUUCUCUUCUCCAUGUUUGUGUGACAUCCGUCUGCGAGGUUUUCCAGUGCAGACAACGUCAGUCCCCUAUGUAUCUUCUCCUGAAACUACCCCAGAUUUUCACAGCAUUGCCUCAAGCUUUGAUUUUGAAGAAUCUGAUCAAAAUACUUUGUUGGCACCCGGAUGUUUCUAUGCCCCUCGUGUAUAUCUGGAAAUAAUUGUUUUCACUUGGAGGAAGGGAUCUCAUUGUGGGACUGGUACUAAAAAACAGCAGAUUGGAACAUUUAAGUUGGAAGUGGGUCCUGAAUGGUGUGAAGGGAAGCCAGUUAUUCUCUUCAGUGGCUGGAUAGGCAUUGGCAAAAACAAGCAGGAGACUGGAAAACCGGGAGCAGAGCUGCAUUUGAGAGUGAAACUGGAACCUGAUCCAAGAUACAUUUUCCAGUUUGAAGACGAGACUAAAUUGAGUCCCCAGAUAGUUCAGCUUCAAGGCACAAUCAAGCAGCCUAUUUUCAGUUGCAGGUUUAGUCAAGACAGGGUAUCCCUGGCAGGUCCUUUGAGCUCAUAUUGGUCAACUUCUGUUGACGGGUUCGACCAAGAGAUAGAGAGAAGAGAGAGGAAGGGAUGGAAGGUGAAGAUACACGACCUCUCUGGCUCCGCUGUUGCAGCUGCCUUAAUAACAACUCCCUUUGUGCCAUCAACAGGUUGUGAUUGGGUUUCCAGAUCCAACCCAGGAGCCUGGCUGAUUGUUCGACCUGAUGCUUGCAGACCCGAGAGCUGGCAGCCAUGGGGAAAGCUCGAGGCAUGGCGUGAUCGUGGCAUCAAAGACUCCAUUUGCUGUCGUUUCCACCUUCUAUCUGAAGGCCAGGAGGGAGGGGAGCUUCUCAUGUCCGAGAUACUGAUCAAUGCCGAAAAGGGUGGGGAGUUCUUUAUAGACACUGACAGACAGGUUCGAGCAGCAGCAACUCCAGUACCGAGCCCACAAAGCAGUGGAAACUUUGCAGCACUAAGUCCAGUUGUUGUGGGGUUUGUCAUGAGCUGUAGAGUGAAAGGGGAAGGGAAAUGCAGCAAGCCAUUGGUGCAACUUGCUAUGCGACAUGUGAAUUGCGUAGAGGACGCUGCCAUCUUUAUGGCACUCACUGCAGCCGUUGAUCUGAGCAUCGAGGCGUGCAAGCCUUUCCGUAAAACGAGGAGAGGGAGACGCCAUUCCUGGUGA